CACUUCUUUAAAGCUGAAGAGGUUUUCAGAUUUUUUUUGUCUCCGGAUCUCAAAAGAUGGGUAGAGCAGGUUUACAGCUCCUGAGAACACAGGUGGUACUUUGGGUCCUCCUCCAGGCAGGUCUUUGUUUUGCUGCCGGGAUCCGGAGAACGUGGGUCAUUGGAGGCAAGGAAGUGAGACCCCAUUCCCGGCCCUUUAUGGCCUCCAUCCAACAUGAGAACAGGCACAUCUGCGGUGGGUUCUUGGUGAGACAGAGAUGGGUGAUGACAGCAGCUCAUUGUCAGAUUCCCAAGCGGUCCGCACAGUUCCGUGUCAUCCUUGGUGCCCAUUCGCUCAAGACUCAGGAGGCCUCCCAGCAAAUCUUUGGAAUCCAGAACUCCAUUGCUCACCCGCUGUUCAGUGCUGGGACAGUGAAAAAUGACAUCCGUUUACUCAAAUUGAACAGAUCCGCCAUUUUCAACAAGAAUGUCCGGAAGAUCAAGUUACCUCACGCCAACACCGAUCUUUGCCCUGGGCUCACGUGCCAUGUUAUCGGCUGGGGGGACAUCUCAAAUUAUGCGACUAUCCCCACUGAACUCAUGGAAGCCAACACAACCAUCGUAGACAGGAAGGUUUGCAACGCAUCGUGGCAAGGACACGUCACCAAGAGCAUGGUCUGCGCAGCCAGCACUAGUCCCGUCCUGCGUGGUUUCUGCUCGGGUGAUUCAGGUGGCCCCUUAGUGUGCGGGAAAAACGUUCAUGGCAUUGUCUCCUUCAACGGAAAGAGAUGUGGCGAUCGGAUUUUUCCAGAUAUCUACACCCGCAUUGCCAAUUACAUACCCUGGAUCAGUUUCGUGCUGCAGACCUUUUGAUUGGUGGUCUUGGAAGGCUGCGGGGGGUGGGGUGUCUCUAAAAAAGCUGACCUGUUGGGUGGGAGAGGAGAAACAGAUUUACUCAGCUUUGUCCAGAUCUACAACUCCCAAACUUUCCAAGCCAUAUUGAUGGGAUGUUCUGGAUGAUGUAAUUCAUCACACAUUUGGAAAAAUAGAAGGUCGAUGCUACACUGACAAUUGGAUAUAUUUUUUUAAAGACAGCUUCCAUAGAAUAAUUAAAUGUAGUUCAUCAAGGGUAUAUUGUACAUCGAUAGAAUGCUUUCUCCUUCUCCUUCUCCUUCUCCUCCUCCUCCUCUUCCUCCUCCUCCUCUUUCUCCUCCUCCUUCAUCUUUCCUCACCUCCUCCUCCAUAUUCCGUCUCCUCCUCCUCCUCUUCCACCUCCUUCAUCUUCCC